AACAAUUUCUUGAAACAGACAAAUAUCUAACAACUAAAUAAUAAUAACAUAAACAUAACAGAGCACCGUGCAAAAGCUGUUCGCCCCUACAUUCUUACAAAGUCAAUAACGGAUCAACAUUAAACAGAUGUGAUGCACCUGUCUGUUUUCCCCUGCUGUUUUUCUGGCUAGAUUAAAUACGCAAAGAAAAGAAAAGAAACAGAGUAGAAGAAGAUGGAGGAGGAGGAUUUAGAUUAUGUUUUAGUGCCAGUUGGUCUGUUGGUGAUGGGUAUAUACCACAUAUGGCUUCUCUUUACUAUUAUUAAAUCUCCAAGCCGAACUGUUAUUGGGAUCAAUGCUGAGUCUCGCCAUCAGUGGGUCCUUGCUAUUUAUGAUCCCUUAAAGAAUGGUGUAUUAGCUGUUCAAACAAUUCGAAACAAUAUAAUGGCAUCUACACUUUUGGCAACAACAGCAAUAACUCUUACUUCAUUGAUCAGCGUAUUUGUAAGCAGCACAUCGAGUUCCGGCAAUACAGCUUCAAAACUAGUGUAUGGAAAUAAGACUUCCAUUGUUUCUUCAAUAAAGUACUUCUCUAUUCUGUUGUGUUUUCUCGUUGCCUUUCUUUGCAAUGUGCAGUCCAUUAGAUACUAUGCUCAUGUUAGCUUCCUAGCUACUGUACCUACAUCAGUAGGCAAAAAAGAAGCCAUUGAAUAUGCUGCUCGAAACUUGAAUCGAGGAAGUUUAUUUUGGUCACUCGGAUUACGAGCUUUCUACGUAUCAUUCCCUCUGUUUCUAUGGACCUUCGGGCCUAUACCGAUGUUUGUGUGUUGCUGCAUAAUGUCAUUUGUUCUUUAUUUCUUGGAUACAACUAGUAGUUUUACACGGAAACUUCACACUCGCUCCUUCAAAGAUGAAAUGAAAGUUGAUGAUUCUGACUCGACAAUUUAAUCGUUGGAAGUGUGAUUGAGAAUAGAAUGGUUAUUACAAGUGUUGUUGUCAGUGAACUUGUAAUUUAGCCAACUUGUGUAUAAUUCUGUAGGUAUAUAUUUAUAUUCAAUACACAUGCAAUGCAUCGGUAUAUGCAUGCUACUAACGAUUCUUAUGUUCUUACUAGUGAAGUAGUAUGUUGGAGAUGCUAUGAGUGAUUCUUAUAGGCAUUCUUUUUUUUCUUUCUCCAA